AUGAACUGGAAUAAAUUUUUUUCCCGUACAUCAGACCAGAGAAAUAAUGAAAAUGAAAAUGAAACAGAAACGGAUGAUGAUAAGGACGUCACUGAUAGUAAUGUAACUGGAUCUACCGAUAAAUAUUCACAUUUUCUAGGAACACAUUUUCAAAAAUUUUCGCAUAAUGGCUUAUUGCAACGAUUUAUUCAAGUGACUUUUUUGAUAAUUAAUAUUGUAACAUUUCUUGCAGGUAUUGUUGGCAUUGUAACCUCUACAUGGAUUUUCACAGAUAGUAGAAUAAUGUUAAGAUUGAUAGAUCAACACUUUUUUAUUACAAUAUUAUUAUUUAUAAGUUUAAUUGCUUCAUUAGUAUCAUUAUUGGGAAUUCUUGGUUUACUUCGAAGAAGAAGAAAAUUUUUGAACAUUUAUGGUAUUUGUUAUUCGAUAUUUCUAUGCAUUAUAUUUAUCAGCGCCAUAAUGAGUUUUUGGAUUUUCGAAAAAAUUACCAAAAGAAUUCAGGACGACAUGAGCGCCGCCAUCGAAAACUAUCAUUCCUCAUCCUUGAGUAGAGAAGCUUGGGACAAUACCCACAGAUAUUUAAAGUGUUGUGGAAUAAAAUCCGCAAAGGACUGGACCAAAUAUCGUGUUGAUAUUCCGAAGAGUUGUUGUCUUGGAUCUAUCGAAGAAUGUUUACAAAUGACGGAAGCGGUAUCUUAUAAAUCAGGAUGCCUGAAAAACGCUGUGUUAUUACUCAAGUCUCAUAUGCACACGAUUAGUAUGUCCGUGCUGUUGAUUUUUAUAACUACAUUAAUGAGUUUUCUUCUCGCGCUCUGUAUACUUGCUAAAAUGAAGAAAGAAGACUGAAGUUCUAAAUCAAAAACAUCAGAACACACGCAAAACUAUAUUUUAUUCGGAAUGAGACGAAGGUGAACGAGGAUCAAUGUACUGUAGAUGAGAGAAUAACAAACUAUAAAACGUUUUCCCGCUUUUAUUAUCAUAUAUAGAUCAUAUAUUUUCUGAAAACACUUAAUAUAUUGUACUUAUGAUAGUAA